UCCAUCUCCCAUCUUAGUCUGUGUUAAUAAGAUUGCUACAGUUAUUUCCCAAUACUUGGAAGACAAUAGCAGACCACUGCUAUAAACAUUUCACUUUGUUUGUUUAUCCAGUUUAUGUUCCCCUCUUCUUCUCAAAGGAAUACAGCAUGGCAAAAACACAUCAACAAUAAAAAACAUUUUAAAUACAGUUAUAAAAACAUCAUCUCAACCAGUGAUUCUGGAUGUCACAAACAGUAUAUUUUAGCCAUCAAACGCCUGGGUAAACAGAAACAUUUUAAAAAUCGCCCUGAAAGUUAGCAAUAUUGGAGACAGACACACCUCACCAGGGACAGCAUUCCACAAAUAGAGAACCACCACUGAAAAGACCCUGAUCAUCAACCAGGCAUCUCCCAGCGGUAGCACUACUGACAAGGUCUCCCCUGCCAAUCAUAGGGUGUAAUAUGGUUGAUACUUGUUUGCGUCAUCUUCAAUUUGUUAUUCAAUAUAGUACAUUCAACAUAAAUUCUUGUGGCACCUGAAAGCCUAACAUAGCAUAAGCUUUUGUGGCUUGUGGUCCACUUCAUUAGAUGCAUAAAACAUAAUCCUGAAUUAGCAAGCAUACAGACACAAUUCAAUGUUCCAGUUUAUGCAUCUGAUGAAGUGGACUGUGGUCUAUGAAAACUUAUACAUUACCUUGGCUUUUAAGCUUCUACAAGGUUCCUUGUUGCUUCUGCUACAACAGCCGAAUAUGACUACUGUACUUUUCUGGAAAUUAUGACACCUACGUCUUUCUCGGAAUAGCUGUUGACAUACCAUCAUUAUUAGAUUUGUAUUGUAUGUCUGGAAUCUUCUUAAAUCAUUUAUUAGGAACACACUGUACUUUUGUAGCACUUUUAGCUAAGUGCUUUUAAAACGUGUGUAUAAGUAAGAACUAAGAUGUGCCUCUUAUGCAGAGCUAAGUGAAAGGAACCAUGAAAAAGGGCACCGGAAAGUGUUGUUGCCAGAUUGGCAUCAUUUUAUGCCAUCAAUCGCACUCACAGGAAUCACUGGUGAGAGGCUGUGUCUGGGUGUGCAUGCACUCGGAUGCACAUCACACCCACCAUGUGGUCUCCUGUGGAUUAUUUGUCCCAGCAUUGCCUCUCUACAUUUAGUGGUAUGGAGCAAACACAGCAGAUUUGUUUACCUGAGAUCUCGAAUCCUGCUAUGUAGAAAGAUCAACUUUUCUUUCUACUGACCCAAACAUGGAUAGCUAUGCAAAAGGUGGGGAUGAGGCAGCUUUCCCCCACCCCACCAGCAGCCUUCUUCAGAUAGGCAUUCAAUCAGGAGGAAUAAUUAUUAUCCUGCCCUAUACCCGUAGAUCUCAGGGUAAAGGAGGAGGCAGCACCACAACAACAGAAGACUCAGCCCCUGAUUCACUGUGUAAAUCGUUCUUCAUGAUUAGGAACCCUGCACAAAGAGAGCCUUACCCUUUGCAUGUACAGCUAUAGGUGUGGGGGCACUCUACCCAUUAUAAUACUGUAAAUGCACCCUGCCCAGACAGAACCUGCUACCACUCUGCCCCAAGGGCAUUUCUUUUACCUAAAAUGAAUGGCUAAGGGGGUCAAUAGUAUCCAGAGAAAUUCCAUUCCCUGGAUUGCACCUUAGUGUUUUCCCGUACAAUAAGGAAAUGGUUCCCAUUAAUUCCUAUGGAGAAAGUGAAGCAGCAGCGCUCCUCACAUAUCCCUGUUUACCAGCUCGUCAUUUCCUUUUGCCGACCCAUUGAGCUGGGGCAAAUUGUGGCCCUCCGGAUGAAGAUGGGACUCCAAUUCCCAUCAGCCCCGUCCCAUCAGGGAUGAUGGGAGCUAGAGUCCAAAAAACAACAGGUUGCCAGAGCCAAACAGCCCGGCGCUCUGCCUGUGGCCAGACUUCAGACGUAGGCGCGAGAGGCGCGCAGGGCUGCGUGCGGGUGCUGAGAGAGAGAGAGAUGAGAGCGAAGAGAGAUGAGGCUGCCACUAGAGACCGGAGCAGCCGGGAUUGCGGCAGCCGCGAAAGGUGAGCGAGGCGGCAGGGCAGCUGCAGGCAGGCUCUGCUCCGGGCAGCAGCGCGCAAAGUUCCCCCAGGAGGGCAGCCUUCCGGGUUCCUUUCCCGCCUCCCGGAGCGGGGUAUGAAAGGAUGCCCUGAUGGAGCGCAGCGGCGGGCUCCAGCUGCCCCUCUGCGGUCGGCGGCAGGAGGUGGCCGGGGACUCCCGCCUCGCCAAGCAGGCAGCAGCGUCGCGGGGAGCCGAUGGGGCGCCGUAGAGAGACCGCGAAGCAAACACCUCUUGGCGCCCUGAGGCGGGCGGCGCGCGCCGCUUGUGCCGAGUGAGAGGCGAGGCGAUGUUCAGCAGCACCAGGCCGGCGCCGGCGGCUCCCUAGGCUGGGCUGAGCAGCGCUGGAAGCUCUGAGGGAGCCUCUCUUUGCCGCCUGGGCAGCUCCUCGCGGGGAGCUUCGCGGGCCCCGCCGGCUUGCUUGGCGCGAGGGGCGGCGAGGCGGCUGCGGAGGGAUGGGCUGCGCUCCCAGCAUCCACGUCUCGCAGAGCGGCGUGAUUUACUGCCGGGACUCGGACGAGUCCAACUCCCCGCACCAGACCACCACCAUCUCGCAGGGCACCGCCGCCACCUUGCACGGCCUCUUCGUCAAGACCGACGCGGCCGACUCCAUCCCGUCGGUCCUCGCCUACCAGAGCCGGCAGCCGCCGCCGCCGCCGCCAAACUGCCCGGCCCACAGGCGCAGGAAGCCCGCCGGCCGAGAAGGCAGGAGCGGGGUGCACCACUGCUGUGGCGUCGAGGCAGAGACUCAGACCAGCCAGACCGACGUCAAGGCUUCAGCAACCGAGACAGAAAUUGGGCCCAUGAGGCUGACACAAGAUCCUAUUCAGGUGUUGCUGAUCUUUGCGAAAGAAGAUAAACAGAGUGAUGGAUUUUGGUGGGCUUGUGACAGAGCUGGAUAUAGAUGUAACAUAGCUCGGACGCCUGAGUCAGCCCUUGAAUGCUUUCUUGAUAAACACCAUGAAAUAAUUGUCAUAGAUCAUAGAAACGCCAGAUACUUUGAUGCAGAAGCCAUCUGUAGAUCAAUCCGCGCUACAAAGCCUGCUGAACAUACUGUAAUACUAGCUGUUGUUCCACAAAUGUCUGGUAACCAAGAAGAAAUGUCUGUCCUACCCCUUCUCCAUGCAGGAUUUAACAGGAGAUUUUUGGAGAAUAGUAGCAUCACUGCUUGUUACAAUGAACUGAUUCAAAUAGAACAUAGCGAGGUGCGAUCACAGUUCAAACUACGGGCUUGCAAUUCAGUGUUCACAGCACUGGAACACUGUCAUGAAGCCAUAGAAAUAACUAGCGAAGAUCAUGUAAUUCAGUAUGUCAAUCCAGCCUUUGAACGGAUGAUGGGCUAUCAAAAGGGAGAGCUAAUAGGAAAGGAACUCACUGAGCUUCCAAAAAGUGACAAAAACCGUGUGGACCUGCUGGACACGAUCAACACUUGUAUAAAAAAAGGAAAGGAAUGGCAAGGAGUUUAUUAUGCACGGAGGAAAUCAGGAGACAGUAUCCAACAGCAUGUGAAGAUAACCCCUGUAACUGGCCAAGGAGGGAAAAUCCGUCAUUUUGUAUCUAUCAAGAAGCUAUGUUGCACCAAUGACAGCAACAAACAGACCUACAAGACCCAUCGUGAUGAAAAGUGUGCAGGAGACCAGUUUCAGUCAGACUCUCACUCCUUCAGAUGCAAGAACAGGAGAAAAGAAUCUAUUGAUGUCAAAUCAAUAACUUCUCGAAGCAGUGAUGCCCCAAGUUUACAGAAUCGUCGGUAUUCAUCAAUGGCAAGAAUCCACUCCAUGACGAUAGAAGCCCCAAUCACAAAGGUCAUUAAUAUAAUCAAUUCCGCUCAAGAAAACAGCCCUGUAACUGUAGCAGAGGCCUUGGAUCGGGUUUUGGAAAUCUUACGGACAACAGAACUUUACUCUCCUCAGUUAGGUACCAAAGAUGAGGAUCCUCACACUAGUGAUCUUGUUGGAGGUCUGAUGACUGAUGGCUUGAGAAGGCUGUCAGGAAAUGAGUAUGUAUUUACCAAAACUACCACCAACCAGAGCCAUGGUCACCUCUCUGUGCCAAUUACUAUCAAUGACGUUCCACCCUGUAUUGCACGCUUACUGGAUAACGAAGAGAGCUGGGACUUCAACAUUUUUGAACUGGAAGCUGUUACAAAUAAAAGGCCGCUGGUUUACCUGGGUCUGAAAACUUUUGCCCGCUUUGGUGUCUGCGAGUUUUUAAACUGUCCCGAAGCCACACUGCGAGCCUGGUUCCAGGUGAUAGAAGCCAACUACCACUCCUCCAAUUCCUAUCAUAACUCCACUCAUGCAGCCGAUGUCUUGCAUGCCACAGCUUUCUUUCUGGGGAAAGAGAGAGUUAAGGCGAGCCUUGAUCAUUUAGAUGAAGUGGCUGCAUUAAUAGCUGCAACAGUUCAUGAUGUGGACCACCCAGGACGGACCAAUUCUUUCCUGUGCAAUGCAAGCAGUGAGCUCGCUGUACUCUACAAUGACACGGCUGUGUUGGAAAGCCAUCACACAGCUCUGGCGUUCCAGCUCACAGUAAAAGACAACAAGUGCAACAUUUUCAAAAGUCUCAAUAGAAAUCAUUAUCGAACGCUUCGUCAGGCAAUUAUCGACAUGGUAUUGGCAACAGAAAUGACAAAGCAUUUUGAGCAUGUGAACAAGUUUGUGAACAGCAUCACCAAGCCCAUGUCCUCAGAAGAAGCACAGAAUGAGGGUAGUGACUGUGAAUGUACAACCAAUCUCAAGAACAUUCCAGAUAACCAGACGUUGAUUAAGCGCAUGAUGAUCAAAUGUGCAGAUGUUGCAAAUCCAUGUCGCCCUCUAGAACUGUGUAUUGAAUGGGCUGGGAGGAUUUCAGAAGAGUAUUUUGCACAGACAGAUGAAGAAAAGAGACAGGGUCUGCCAGUUGUUAUGCCAGUUUUUGAUCGAAAAACAUGUAGCAUCCCCAAGUCUCAGAUAUCCUUCAUUGAUUACUUCAUAAUGGACAUGUUUGAUGCUUGGGAUGCAUUUGCACAUCUACCUGUUCUGAUGCAACACUUGGCAAAUAACUACAAACACUGGAAAACACUAGAUGAGCUGAAGUGUAGGAGCCUCCGGCUUCCUUCAGAGAACAAUAAUGGAAGCUGAAGGGAGGAUAUGGAACAUCAUAGCCUACCACUCACACUGUGAACCACUUACUGGUAUGAACCCAAGAGGGGGCAAUUUCCUUCACAAUGAAGUAACCAACUGGGCAGCAUGGAGAAGACUAUUGUUUCUCAAUUUUAAAUUGUUCUAAAUUCUACACAACUUAGUUUUUUUAUAUAUAAAAAUGGUAAUCGAGAAACCAAUAUAUGCUUUAUAGAGCUAUUCUCUUUUUGUGGCACAAUGGAUCCUUUUAAAUGUAAUUUUAUAUAAAAAAUUGUUAUAAUUUGUCAAAUUAUAUGAUUGGUGUAAGUUGUUUGCAGGCCAGGAUCAAUUAUACACAUGAACUCCAUGUAAGAGGGCAGAAUUCUACAAAAAGCUAGCUUCUCUGGAAUAACUAUCAAUAACAUUUGAUAGACAUAACCAUUUUGGGAAAGCCUGGUUUACAGCAAAGAUCCUUUAUGUGAAACGUAACCCAAGAACCCAAAAACAAAAAGAAAUUGGAGAAAGAAAUUUGACAGCAAAUUCAACUGUCCUUUCUUAGGGAAAAUAAUUAUUUUAAUAGCAAAGUUAUUAAAUUAACUUCAGUUAACUCACUAUCAACAUUGUUCUCUUUUGUAUAUGGUACAAUUUCUGUGAUCUAAACCUGUCUGUGCAUACUGCUUCCCUCCUUAAGCUGGCUUCCCUGCGGACUUAAAUGUUAGGAGGCCAUUUGCAUGCACAAUAGGAAUGCAGCCACAGAAAAAGCUCCAUUACUAAAGUUGCACAGUAAUGUGGGGACUCUACACACUGUGGUUUCUAGAUACACAAGGAGACCUGGGAGCUGCUUUACUUAUUAAACCAAUUUUGUAUAAAAUUUUAGUAGGCAGUAAUUAAGCCCAGGAAUUUGAGCCAAUCUGCAGUCUUCUCUGCCUUCUAAACAGGUGACAGUGAGCCAUAUUGUGAAAGUCCAUACAAGCAACUAAAGUCAGGGACUGGCACUUGUUGCAUCUGUUGCUUCAAUAGCACAAUCAUGCUUUGUGAUGUUGUACAGUUCCAGUUUUACAUCUGCCUGCUAGAAUAGGGAGCAGAGUGUGUCAGAUGCUUAUUUACAUGAGCCAUAAGGAAAAGAAACCCUGCUUAGAUAGAUAUGCACACCCACAAGCCAUAUUCAAAAAGGUCUCCAGAAUCUACACUUGUGCAGAGGCAUCCUAUUAUCUUUCUAUGAGAAGGGAAAUGGCUGCUCGUACACUGUAUUUCCCUCAUAGAGGACAGGAAAGCCCCUGUGCCUUUAUAGCGUCCUGGAUUGCAGCCAUAGUAGUUACUCUUAAGACAGCGACCUUAAUAUCAAGGACCCAAGGCGAUGUAUACGCUAAAUAUAGUCUAUAACGUUAAGAACAGAACAAAAACACAAGGUUCAGGUUGUAUUGCUAUUUGAUGAAAGCUGCUUCAAGAGCCCCAGUUAAGAAUGAUGUAUUUUUUAAAAAAUAAAAAAGUAUAUAGACCUAAUAAGAUUCAUUUUUAAAUUUUGGAUAGGGAGGUCUUCUUGGGCAAGCCCCAUAAAAAUGGAUGGAAGUUGCAUUCUUACCUACCUACCAUUCAUUUCACUAGGGCUGCUGUAGGAGUGAAUCCUAGUGAGUUCUGCUAUUUUCCAGAGUACUAUGGAAAAUGGUUUCAAGUUUCAGGAUACCCCUCUGGAGUGAACACUUUAAAUAAUUUUUAAGUAUACAACUGACAGGCAGAGAAUUGGAUGCUCUUUUUAUUUAUUUCUCUUUCCUUAUUAUUUUCUCUCCUUUCAUUUAUUAUUUUUAUCUUUCUGUUACUUUUUAUUUCCCUUUUCUGCUUUACUCCUGCUUUGUUUUUAUUUUAUGUCCUCUAGUCUGGGUCAGUGAGGGGAUUAUGUGCGGAUGAAGGUGGAGGAUGGCAGGUGAAAGUCCCUGUGUGACAGGCAGGGAAGAUCUCCCAGGGUGGGAGAAAAUCAGGAAGCUUUCAGGUGAGACAAGGAUUGAGAUCUGCCUUUGAGAGAGGAAUUCACAUUUUUCCUCCUCUUUUUCUGUUUUUGUACUGUAGUAUGAAAAGCCUUAAUAAAAUCUUAUCAAAAGAAAUAAUAUGAUUUAUAGUUUUUGACCAGUAGUUUGUGUACUGACUUAGACAAUCAUCGAAUUGGCUAUCAGUGACACAAAGUCCUUCAAAUUAGUCAACUAUUACUUAACACUGCACAUUACAAGAGACUCUUCUAAUGCUGAAAUGCAUAUGAUCUGAUAUAAAGUAUUACACUGCCCUCCCAAAAGGGAAACAAAAAACUUUGGCCAUCUCCAUAUUUUUGUGCCGAGUCCAAGGAGGAAAACCAGGUGAAGUAAACAAUAGUGUUACUACUGAUGAAAAAUGAUUGUAGCUUACAUAAUGUGCCAACAUUUUUUCAAUGUUUUGUAUCAAGUUAUGUAAAAUACUGUAAAACAUUCAUAUACUUUCCAUGCAGAGAAAUGUAUAGAAGCUAUAUUUUUGUUAGAACUCUAACAGCACCUAACUUCUGUUGCUAUGUAUAAUAAUGCUACAUUGUGUUGUUUAAAGAAUGGUGUGUUCACUGCAGUAUUCAUAAGUUCCAUUAUGUACUAAUAGCGAAGCCUAUAUCUGAUUAAAUUUUAAUUCAAUUUUA